AUGAAAGUUCUAUUCGUUUUCGCUCACCCAGAAAAAACCUCAUUCAACCAUUCUCUUUUGGAUGCUGCUGUCAAACAUCUAGAGGCUCAAGGUAACGAGGUCAAAGUCAGUGACUUAUACAAUAUGAACUGGAAGAGUAAUGUCGAUGAAGAGGAUUUCCUAAACCAUGAAAAAGGUUCUAGAUUAAAAGUUGCUGAAGCCUCUUUCAUUGCUAAUGCUGGAAACAAAUUGACUGAUGAUGUCGUUGAAGAACAAGAAAAAUUGAAAUGGGCUGACACUGUUAUUUUCCAAUUCCCCGUCUGGUGGUUCAGUAUGCCAGCUAUCUUAAAGGGUUGGUUCGAUAGAGUCUUCGCUUGUGGUUUUGCCUACGGUGUUGGUGUUCAUGACGAAACCCACUACGGUGAUAGAUAUGGUGAAGGUACCAUGGAAGGUAAACGUGCUUUCUGUAUGGUCACUACCGGUGGUAGCAACGACCAUUACUCUAAAAGGGGUAUCAAUGGUUCAAUUGAUGACAUCUUGUUCCCAAUUAAUCACGGUAUGUUAUUCUAUCCAGGUUUCACAGUUUUACCUCCUGUUGUUACAUACAGAACUGAUUCAAAACGUGAAGAAGUUUAUGCCAAUGCUGAAAAGGCCGUUUUGGAACGUAUGGAUAACCUAUCUACCGUUGAGCCCAUUAAUUACAGGAAGCAAAACUUCGGUGAUUACAAUAUUCCAGAGAUGACUUUGAAGGAAGGUUUGGAACAACCAGGUCAAACUCAUUUUGAUAUUCAUAUCAAGAAAGACUAA